AUGUCGGUGCCGACCCCCGCCGCCGCCGAGGCCGAGGCCACGCCGGAGCAGGAGGCGAGGGUUCGCCCGAGCCAGGGCCCCGGGCCGCCCGACCUGCCGGGGCCGGGCUAUGUGCUGGGGCUGGACCUGGGCAGCAGCGUGAUCCGCUGCCACGUCUAUGACCGGGCCGCUCGGAUCCACGGCUCCGGCAGCCAGAAGGUAAAAGUGAUUUAUCCUCAAAAUGGCUGGGUUGAAAUAGAUCCCGAAGUUCUUUGGAGUCACUUUAUUGCUGUAAUAAAAGAAGCUGUACAAGCUGCAGGAAUACAAAUGCAUCAGAUUGUUGGCCUUGGAAUCUCAACACAGAGAGCAACUUUCAUUACAUGGAACAAGAAGACAGGAAAUCAUUUCCAUAACUUCAUAAGUUGGCAAGACCUAAGAGCUACUGAGCUUGUGAAAUCCUGGAAUAAUUCUUUUUUGUUAAAGCUAAUACAGAAUUCCUGCAAAAUACUUCACUUAUUCACUCGAAGUAGACGACUUUUAGGUGCCAGUUUAUUCAGUUUUACGACUCAGCAAGUGGGUUUGAGAUUGGCCUGGGUUUUACAGAACGUGAUUGAGGUACAAAAAGCAGUUAGAGAAGAAAAUUGUUGCUUUGGAACCAUUGAUACUUGGCUAUUGUAUAAGCUCACAAAAGGUUCUGCAUAUGCCACGGACUUUUCAAAUGCUAGUACAACUGGAAUUUUUGACCCAUAUCAGAUGUGCUGGAGUGGUAUCCUUACUUCCCUGCUUUCAAUACCAAUCUCUCUCCUGCCUCCUGUGAAAGAUACCAGUCACAACUUUGGAUCAGUGGAUAAAGAAAUAUUUGGAGCCUCCAUACCAAUUGUGGCCUUGGUAGCUGACCAACAGGCUGCCAUGUUUGGGGAAUGCUGCUUUCAGAGAGGAGACGUGAAGCUCACUAUGGGAACAGGGACUUUUUUGGACAUCAAUACUGGAACCAACGUUCAACAGACUGUUGGAGGUUUCUAUCCAUUAAUUGGUUGGAAGAUUGGUCCAGAAGUUGUAUGCUUGGCUGAAGGCAAUGCAGCAGACACUGGUACUGCUAUAAAAUGGGCCCAGAAUUUGAAUCUUUUCACAGAUGCCGAUGAGACUGAAAAAAUGGCUAAAAGUUUGCCAGAUUCUGAAGGAGUUUGUUUUGUUCCAUCUUUUAGUGGAUUGCAGGUUCCAUUAAAUGACCCCUGUGCAUGUGCCUCUUUCAUGGGUCUAAAGUCUUCCACUAAUAAGUAUCACCUUGUACGAGCCAUACUGGAGUCAAUAGCUUUCAGAAAUAAACAAUUGUAUGAGAUGAUGCAAAAGGAGAUUGACAUUCCUGUUACCACAAUUAGGGCAGAUGGAGGGGUCUGCAAGAAUAGUUUUAUUAUGCAAAUGACUUCUGACCUGAUUAAUGAGAAGAUAGACAGACCUGCCCAGAUAGAUAUGUCUUGUUUAGGAGCUGCUUCUCUGGCUGGUCUUGCUGUUGGGUUUUGGACAAACAAAGAGGAAUUAAAGAAACUGAGGGAAAGUGGAAGAGUUUUUGAGCCACAGAGGAAAUGGAAAGAAUAUGAACCCAGUAUGGAAAAUUGGGUCAAGGCUGUAAAGCGUUCCAUGAACUGGUAUAGCAAGAUAUAACAGAAAGGAGAAGCAAAACACUCUACUGCUUUUUUGGGGGGAAACCUUUUUUACCAUAAUUUUUAUCCAAACCUUAAACUUGCUAAGACAACAGUACCUCAUGAACACACCUUUCUUGGUCCUAUGUUUCAUAGUAGCCUUCCAGGAAGAGUGUGUUCACCAUUUCCAUUGUGCUUUGGCUGCUCCAAAAUUCUUCUGUCUUACCUUGGGUCUUCAUCUUUAAAAAAAAAAAUGUAUAGAUAUAGAUAUAGAUAUCUAUAUCUAUAUCUAUUUAUAUUGUAGAUCAGUGCUAUAACUGAACAUUGUGAUUUGUUACCAACAAUUUUUGGUGAAUGCUAUUCAGUUUCAUUCAAAAAUUAUGUAAUUUUUUCCCUUGAAUUCAUUAGAUUUAUUUACAAUCCAUGUACUAAAUAAAAAGAUGACUGUGCCAAAAUAUUGUAGUAGUGCUGAAGCAGCAUUAAGAUUUUUUUAAUUUAAAGCUAAAUUGUUCAGUGCUGUGACCAGAUGUGAGCUGUUUGUCAAUGUUUGGUUUUUAGACUAGGUCUCUUUAUUGAUUAGUGCAUCGUCUUUAUCUAACUGCCUUAAUUUCUGCUUUCCUAUGAUGUAGGAGUAUUGUUUCUUUGCAGAUUUGCUAACAAACUUUUCAUAAUUGGUCAUUUGGUGUUUGAAAAAAUACUGGUUUUUUGAGUGAUAAAAAUGAUAGGGGUUUGCUAAGGAACAAAAAUUUCUUUCUCUCCUUCCAUCAUGUUACUUGCUUACGUAAACUUACCUGAUUUGCAGGUAAGUAGGGAAACAAUAUUCUCACAACUUCUGGUUGUCAUCACAGAAUUGAUCACAAUCUCAUUUUUGAGAACAUACAGCUUACUGUUACUGUUUUCUGCCUCUUGCUCAUGAUCUUGCCAAGUAUUUUGCUGUCUUACAUUAGUAUCCUGACACAUUUUGUUUUAAACAUCUCUGGGCUGUUGGUGUUUAAUGUGGAAAAACCAAAACGGUUCUUAGUAGGAUCAAGAUGAUGACACCUCUACUUUAUGAGCACAUUUUUGACUUGUUCUUGUAGUUAAGUCAGAUGUCUCAAACUUCCUUUCUGGCAUUUCCUCCUUGCACGUGUGCCUUCUGAUAACCUACCUCUGUGGCCCAGAGGAUGGCGAGAGUGAACCCACUGAGUGGCAGGUGCCUGCCUGUGGAUACCCUUCUCAGCCCCAUCUUCUUCUACAAGGAGAGCAGAGAAAGCCUAUUUUGUUCUUUGAUCUUCUGCUUGGUGAAGAUUUUAGAGAGAAGAGGGUAGAGGUAGAGCCUCAGCUGCCCCACUCCCAAUCCUUUGAUCACCAUUUUAGUUUUCACAGCAUAGAAUAAUGAGUUAUGUGCCUGUGGCUGACCUUUGACCCUCGUCAUCAUCACCACCACCCUCAUUUCCCCUUUGCCGGGACUUGCCCAUUUAAUAGGGGCUUUUGCUUUUUUGUUUUGCUAGUUGUGAGGUUAUUUCUUCUUUCAAACCAUAGUGCUUUGAUUUAAAGGGGAAACUGUCAAGUAAUAAUGUAAUUUAAGGAAGGUAAUCAAGGUAUCAAGGUAUUUUAGUUUUGUAUCUCCUCCAAAAAUGGACAACUCAUGUCUUUGGAGAAUACUUUAUAAGAACAAAAAAGUAAAACAUGUUGAUUAUUCCUACUCCCCAAUUGCCAUUACGUUGAGCUCCAACAGCAGUUGCAGAUUUGGUCUUGUUAGAGUCUUGUAGUCUCAAACACUUUAGCCAUUUACUGAGGCUUUAAAGUCUUGUUAUGUAGAAAUUUUUCAGUGUAAUAGUCUCCCUGACUACUCUAGUCCUUCCUUUCUUCUCGUUUCUGGUAGUCUUACACCGAAGCAGCCUGAAGAUAACUUUCUGUGCGAUCUGAACUGGGUGUGGCCAGAUGGGACUAAGUCAUUCUCAGAGACUUCACAUUUAGUGGGUGUGCUUUAGUCAGUAAUACUUUUGUCUUUGCACUCCAAAUCCUGAACUGCAAUGUCACUAAUGCCUAAAAUUUUAAUUUUACUUCAAUCUUGUCUAUUAAUUUCUCUCUGUCUGUCUGUCUGUGUCUCUCUCCUACUGCAUUACCACAAAUUAAAGGAUAAACAUUGUUAUGUAUAACUGAAUUUCAUGGGAAUUGGGGACCUGCCCAAGUAAUAGUGGCUUAUAUUUUUUCCUAUCAAGGCUAGAAACAAGUCUUAUUUUUGUUCUUUUGGCCCUUGAAAUGGCAGUUUGCCAGACAGGUGGUCAGAUUUUGCUGAAAUCAGAAAAGUUAUCACAUUUGUUCUUGAAGGUUAUAGUAGAAAAAUUUUGAAUCAUUUCGUUGAAUCAGGUGCCCUCUUUUCUCAUAGAUUGAGCCCUCUUUCUUAUACACCAUUAUUGCUUGGGAAAUUGUUAAUAAGAAAGGUCCUAGUCAUUCAAGGAAAACAGGCCUACUUUUAAUGUAAGGAAGAGAACCUUGUGUUAGAACUUUAUCAAUCAGCUUUUGUUCCUUUUCUUUUGUAUAGAAAAGCCACAGUUUUGAUGCAGUUCUGGGAUAUGCUUGGCAGUGUUAGGACAGGAUGGAAAUGUGUUAUCUGAUUCCUUGCUUUUCUAGGAUUUGUGUUUUUGAAACUUGUCUCAUCUACACUCAUUUACUAGAGAUUUAAAGAUGCCUUCCUGUCUCUAGGCAAAGACCAAUUUUGCUAAAUCCUUUCUAUUUGUCCUUCAUACAACGCCCCUUUUGUAAUCUCCUCGAGGGCAGGGAUUAUGUUCUUUUCCUCUCUGUAUCACCCACAGUGCCUUGCACAUAGUAGGUGCUUAGCUAAUGGAGUGAAAUUUCAUAUGUUUCCCUUUCUCUUUUUGUACAUGAAACUGCUAGUAGAUAGCAAGUGAUGUUUAUUACAGUAAAUACAUUGGAUUGAGAGAGACAAUUGUAAAAUAGUUUUAUAAGCAUAAGCACCUGGAAUCCCCAUUUUUUAAUUGUUAAGGCCCUGUCUGAAAAUCUCACUUUUUAUGAGGGAAAGUGGCUUAUUCAAAGUUUUAUCUUUUUAAAUAACAAAAUCCUUCAUGUUAGUAUGUAUCUGCAGGCAUACAUUUAGAUAGUUUUAGAGGAUAUUUCUAAGGAAAGACAACAGUUUUUCCACAAAUUUUAUAUUUAUUAUGGAUGAAUACUAAAUGAAGGGAUCCUCGGAAUGUCAAACAUAAUUGUGCUUCAGGAAAGGAGCUCUAAGAAAAGGUUCCCUACAUGCCCCAAUAUCAACCUUAUUUAAUUAAAAGUAACAAGUGGUAAGGAUCCCCUCCCCCCAUAGCCUAGCAAGAAAUUCAAUAUUCUUGAUAUUGUGAGAGGAAAAAGAAGGUACCUAAAGGUCUUUAGACCUUACAAUGAUUUUUAAAACAUCUCAGACUGUGUAGAGGAGACCUGGGUCUACUCUGGGUCCAAAUUCACUCACCAGUCAGGAACAACAGUGGAUUCUGAGCGCCUUUGGGAAUUUUCAUUGAUGUCCUCAAAGAGAAUGAAAAACCCCAGGAUCCAUUCCUGAACCUUUAGUACCAACUUGAGCCCAGAAUGAACCCCAAGAACAGCCCCAAGCAUGUACCUCCCCAGUCACAUCUACAUCCCAUGGGGAUAUAGAGGAGGUCUCCAGAAUUGCCCUCAUUUUGAGGGGUGCAGGCAGCACAUGAGCAUAGCCCAUUGUCGUGAGCAAGUGUGGCAGAAGUGUUUUUGGAAGCAGGGAAAGAACCACAAUGCAAAGAGCAGAAACCUCCGAUUUCCCCAUGCCAUGCCAUUUCCCUCCUUAAUUACACAGUUGGUGUGCUGAGUCUAGCAGCUCUGUGUACCCUGUGACUUUGGGGAGAGAAAUGACAAGUACCUCAUAGCCGUACCUUUUAAUUUUUACCUUUUCCAUUUAAUGACUCUGACGAGGAGUUUGAAAUAAUGUCAAUGAUCAGGAUAUCAUUAGGUAACUUGCAGGAGGGUACUGACGUCUUCAGCAUGACUGUAGCAUACAAGGGAGAGGCGGAAAGGGGCCUCUAGAAAGGGACUGUUCUGUAUUCAUUAGUGUCAUGUUGAUCUGUGAUUAGCCAUAUGACGAUAUCAUUGUUUAAAAAUGAGUUAAGUACUACAUAGUUUUUUAUACAGCUGUCUUAAUAUUUCUAAAAGCUCUUAUUUUGAAAUAAUAUGACUUUCUUUGAUUCAAAGUGAUUUAGUAGGAAAUUUACUUGAAAAUUUCAUAUUUAUGCAAGGUGGUAUAAUAUAGAUUUCAGUUGGGAUAUAUGAACCUGUUCUAUAUCACUCUAUUAUUCUUCUUUCAAAAGUUUAGCAGCUUCAUUAAUACUAAAUUGUAAUUAAGAUCAUCAUAAAUAUCUGUACAUUAACAUCUGUACAUUAAAUCUAGGAGGUUUAGGUGUUUUGGUGGAAAUUUUUUCUUAGAUUUCCUGUUCUCCUAAGGGCUAGCUUAGGGGUAAGAAAGACAAGUAAACAUUUUAUAUUCCAGAAAAAUUCUUUCCCUUUGGCUCAUAGUAUUUAUUUUGUGAUAAGCUUAUUAUAAUUGUUAGAGUUAAGGCUAAAACGCUCUGGAGAAGACGUGCCCAGGCAAAUAGACGUCUUGUCCAGGUCCUGCCCCUAUCCACCCUCUCUCUAGGUUCAUUCAUUUUUUGAGAUCCUUCCUAAACUAUGAAACUUCAGCUUGGCUUUUUACACAUCAAGCUACUCCCAGUUAUCCAUGACCUUAAAAGGAGAACUGUGAAAAUGACUAAAUGGGCUGAGAUGUUUGAUGGAAAACUUAGCAAAAACUCUAUUAUUAACUGAGCCUAGAAAAGAAUAACCCUGCCAAGCGGCAAAGUUACAGGCUAGCUGCUGGAUGAUCACUUUUGGACCUGUUCAGCUUUAAUCUAUAUUCUACAUCCUUGCGUAACAGAACUUGUGAAAAAAUAUGAAUAUAACUUGUGGGAAAAUGAGUGUACUGUAUUUUUUAAUAUUUAGAAAAACAUAACUGGAUGACAUUUUGAGAAAUAAUAAUGACAGUACCAGCUUAGUUUUUUAAAAUCAUCAUCUCUAAAAAUUGU